CGCCAACCGCCACUGUUUUAUUAAAAUUAAGUGAUUUAUAAGUCUGACUCAACAAUUACUUCGUCAUUGAGUAUUUGGAAUUAAAAUUUAUAAAAAUAUGGUCACAACGAUAUAAUGAUUUUGUGUAUAUAGUGCUGUAUCAAAAUAUAAGAGUUACUUGAAAAUCUCCACGUUCAUCAUGGGUUCCCGAUUAAGAGAUACUGUACAAGUUCUGUUUGAACUUUUCUGUGAAGUGUCACCUGGUGAUAACGUGAAGGAGCCUUAUAUACUGAGAAAAUAUCCUGAAACAUAUGGCAAAGAUGAGGAAUUAAAAAAUAUCCCAAAGUUCACUUUUCCGUGCAAAAUCGAUAAUACAUACAUUCAACACUAUUCAUUUGUGUUGACAUCUGUUGAUUCAAAGUACACAUUUUGUUUUUGCCGAUACGACCCCAAAGUGAAUACAGCGCUAGUGCUUCUUUCAUAUUUACCAUGGCAUGACAUAUUUUACAAGUUAUUAGACAGUAUCGCACAGUUAUUGAAUGGUCCAGAAAGGGAUGGGCUGACUUCAUUUCUAGAAGCAUGUCGCGCACACCCACCUAUGUCCGGGCAUACACUUAAAGUUAUUUAUAAUACCGGUCAGAGUAUGUUCACUUAUCAGACCCCAGAUAACAGACUUCCCAGUAUACCUGAAGAUAGUAAUCUCACGGAGUACUUCAGUGCUGUGGACGUAAAAUGUAUGGCUGGAUUAUGGGCGGCUUUGCUGCAGGAACGCAGGAUAGCAAUAGUCGGGUCAAAGAUAUCUCGUCUAUCUGCGUGCGUGCAGGCAGCUAAUGCGACAUUAUUCCCGAUGUCAUGGCAACAUAUUUUCAUACCCAUACUACCCAAGCAUCUUGUAGAUUACCUGUUGGCACCAAUGCCGUUUCUCAUUGGAGUUCCUAGACCUGUUAUGGAGAUUGUAAGAAUGUCGGAGAUAGGUGAUGUAGUUAUAUUAGAUAUAGAUAAAAAUGAAUUAAGAUCUCCAUUUAAUGAUUUAGAAAGUCUUCCGCCUGAUAUGGUGUCAAAUCUAAUAAAAGCUUUAAGUAAUAGAAAUGAUUUAAUUUUAGGCGACGCUGUAUCAAGAGCGUUUUUAAGAGCUCUAGUAUGUCUCAUAGGUGGCUACAGAGAUGCUGUUCGGAUUGAAAAAGGACAACUAAUAACAUUCAAUCCAGAAGCUUUUGUUAAAACGAGAAAAAAUAUGCAACCAUUUUUGAAGAAAGUGUUACAAUCUCAAAUAUUUCAACAGUUCAUCGACGAAAGAUUAGAUCUUCUCAACUCUGGGCGCGGUUUUAGCGAUGAAUUUGAAAUUGAAUGCAACAAUUACGCUGAAGAGUUAAGUACAGGCAGUGGACAGAAAAUAAAAAGACAAUAUCGAGAUUGGGCGAAAAGUGUGAAGAAAGAAGGUGGUGCUUUCUUCAAGAAUGUCCGGGAUAAGGCGAAUCCCGCAGUAAAAUCGGCUGUUAAAUCGGUUCGACAAGGAGGCAAGAAUGUUAAAUCAGCUAUGAAAGGACUCACAAACAGAAUACCGAAGAGUGGCUCUCGAUCAUCAUCGAGAAAUACAACAGAUGAGAAUAGAUUUUCGUGUGGUUCAGCGUCUCCUGACUCUUCAGGGUCAUCAGGAUCUCUGCCAGUUAGCGACAUGCCUCUGGGUGCAAGUCCGUCGCUGGACGUGCCACCUCCCAAAGAUCCACCGCCCGCCCUCCCUCUGGAUCUGUUAAACGAAAUGGAAUUCCUCUUCUCAACGAACUCUGAAAGCAGUACUGAUAUAACUCUGCGCAACAAAGCGAAACCACUGGCACCACCACGCCUCCCUCCUCGGUUAUUGGAACGUCCUAAACCUUCCGUUCGUUAUCCUAUUAUAUCGACACAAAAACUAGUCGAUUUGUCUGACGCUCCUCUACUACCGCCGAGGGCAACGCCGGGGCCCUCUACGACUCACUUCAUAUCUAAUAUUACCAAAAGUGAUGAGAAGUCGACUGAUUUCCACACGAGCACUAUAAGUUUCAGCGAGGGCAAAGACAAAGCUAAACUAAAACUGAGCACCUCUAAUCAAAGAAAGCCCGUUCCAAACUCACCUUGCAAUGGUAACGCCUUAAAGCUACCGCCCCCUAUUAAUAAUAGGCAGAGUAAAGACGGUGCAAGCAGCACAUUCCACGUAGCCACUCCCGUUGCUCGACCUUCGCCCAUCUACGAAGGAAGAAGCAAAGAGCCGUGCUCGUCAGAAUCGGAUCUGAUUAACCUGGACGGUUUACCUUCAGAUAUAAAAGAAUUUGAUCCAUUACAAAGCGAUACUACAGAUAAGUUUGAACAAGCCAAAACGUCCACGGACAGUGCCCUUUUGCAUGAGUACGGCUUAGAUUUUAGUCAAUUCCAGUUUACGGACUUUAACAGCUCAAGCGGCGGGUCGCAGGCGGGCUCCAGUGUCCCCAAGGGGUGGACUACAUUUAAUUAG